AUGACCAAAUACGGGUCUGUCCUUUUCAUCGAUGCUUACGACUCUUUUGCGGAGAACAUUGCUGCCCUUCUCCGUCAUGAGCUCAGCGUUGAGCUAGCAUUGAUUCGAAUCGAUUGUGAUGUCCAAGCACAAUUUGGCAAGGAUAUCGAAGAAUUUGUGUCGAGCUUUGACGCAAUAGUCCUGGGACCAGGCCCUGGUAAUCCUCAAAACAUAUCUGAUGUUGGUCUAUUCAACCAAGUCUGGGAGGUUGCUGCCCUGAAGAAUAUUCCUGUUCUCGGCAUCUGUCUUGGCUUCCAAAGCCUCUGCGUCCGGUACGGCCUCCCAGUCAUUCACAUGGACCUUCCCUGUCAUGGUCAUGCCAAGCAGAUCCUCCAUCUCGGCCAGGACAUUUUCAAGAAUUCUGGAGAAGUCGUCGCCACCAAUUACAACAGCCUAGGCUGCCGGUUGAAAGAAGUGGUCCUAGACCCCUCUUUCAGUCGCACAAACUCUUCGGGCUCUGUAUCCAGUCUGUCCUCUUCUCUCAGUGUCCGAUCUCAUACAUCGCUUCCCUACAGGCAAUUGCCAACAUACCAACAGUAUGGGGAUAAGGAAGAUCUUCUGGUUCUUGCAUGGGAUAAAGACGACUGGUUGAUGGCGGCCAAACAUAAAGUUCUUCCUUUCUAUGGCUUCCAAUUCCACCCCGAAUCUUGCAAAUCCAAUUCCUCCUGUACAAAACUGAUAAAGCAGUGGUGGAACACUGCCCAAACGCAUAAUUCCUUAUUUAGACCGCCCCGCACAGAUGAAAUCCCACGCACACUUCUAGCGGCCUCAAACCCAACGGUUGAAAGCAAUACCGAAGCGUUGUCCAUGUUUCAGGAUAGGUUGGCUGACCUGACUCAGUCCUGUGGUUCCGUGUCCCAUCUCCAAAAGAUAUCUUCUUCUGGCGGGAGCAAAAACAUCGCUCAGCUGUGCUAUGAGGCUGCUCCAAAAGAUGUCCUUAUGCUCGAGUCGACACGCAAAGGCCGGUACAGCAUAUAUGCCUUCCCAGGGAGCUUCAGCUUUCGGAUCGAGUAUGCAGCCGGCUGUUGUACGCUGACCCAAGACUCAAACGUGAUUGAGAAUAUUGCUCUAGAACGGGCUGAGAUGAUUCGAGUCCUCGAGAACUUCAUGUCUAGCAAGGCGACCAAGUUAGAUGAUCUUGAUCUGCCUUUCCGAGGUGGCUUGAUGGGUUAUCUAUCCUAUGAAUUUGGCACAUCCUCACUGGCUUUAGAUGUGCCUCAAAUCAACGCUACAGAAACAGCAGUUCCAGAAAUCAGUCUGAUAUGGAUUGAUCGAAGUAUCAUUUUUGACCAUGACACGCUGACCGUUCAUAUCCAGUCAAUCCGAGAACAUGACGCCCACUGGGUUCAAGACAUGAUCAGCAAAAUUGGCGACCUAGACCGUCUGAAGCCCAUGACAAUUGAUGCCAAGGAAGCUGAAAGGCUUCGAGAUAUUCAGAAGUCGGCAGUAUUCUCUCUUCCAGACCAUGACAAAUAUAUUUCAAAAAUUCAACAAUGCCAAUCGGAGCUGCGGGCUGGCAACUCCUACGAAUUGUGCCUCACAACUGAAGCUGAGGUAUUCACUCCCACCGGUGCCAACAACUCAUGGCUACUAUAUCGGAACAUCCAACGCCAUAAUCCUGUUCCAUUUGCUGCUUUCAUUCGUCUCAAUACGAUAACAAUCCUGAGCUCCUCCCCAGAACAAUUCCUGUCUUGGAGCACCGACCGUACCAUUGACAUGGUGCCUAUGAAAGGGACGGUGAAGAAAAAACCAGAGAUGACAUUAGAGCGGGCUACAGCUAUUCUGGCUUCUGCCAAGGAGUCGGCUGAAAACCUCAUGAUCGCGGACUUGAUUCGACAUGACCUGUAUUCGACUGUUGGACGCGAUGCACUUGUUGAAGUUGUCAAAUUAUGCCAUGUCAUCGAAACCGAAACUGUCUUCACACUGGUUUCUCAUAUCCGCGCACAUGCUCCUUCAAAGAAUGACUCCAACGUCGCAAGCAAAGAAAUGACAGAGAAUGGUAUAAAAGCACUAGCUUGUACACUACCCCCCGGCAGUAUGACUGGGGCUCCGAAAAAGCGCUCCUGCGAAAUCUUGCAUGGUCUUGAACGGCGGAACCGAGGAGUCUAUUCUGGAGCCAUUGGAUACAUGGAUAUCUCUGGAAGAGGCGCAUGGAGUGUUUGCAUCAGGACUGCUUUUGCAAAUGACGACGACAUCAUGGAUAUGAAGGGCGUUGAAAUGCAAAAGUGGAGGAUUGGUGCGGGUGGAGCCAUUACAGUUCUCAGCGAUGAGGAGCAAGAGUGGGAAGAGAUGAUGACGAAAUUGGACAGUGUACUAAGAGCAUUUCAACACUCUUAA